AUGAAUGUGAAUAGAGAAAAGGUUCAGCCCGCUGAUAUCUCUUUACCAUCAGCGGCAGUGGCAGAUCCGAUAUCUUGUACCAUCCACACUGAAGCCAUGGAUGUGAAUGGGGACCAGAGGCUCCCAGGCAAUGAUCUACCUCCCUACUCCUGCCCGGCAAGCCGGGAAAGGACAGGGGACACGCAGGGCAUCUCUGGUCAAGAAGCAGUGGUCGUGGUCCCUGCCCCAACCAGUAACAACAGGACCACCUCGUUCUCGGUCUUGGACAUUUUGGAUCCCAACAAAUUUAACAGCAGUAAACGCCGGCAGUGCAGCAUUCUGUACAGAGCGGCCAGCGAGUACACAGGAGCCGCGGCGGGGGAGAGGGCUGCGGACGCUUUUUGUGAAAUUGCAGAUCAGAAAACGCUAAGUGAAAGCGGUUUGGACACAUGCAAGAAGGUCACUGACAUAAUCAGGCCACUUCUAUAUGAUGCAAGAGUUGUUUGUAAACGAUACAAACGCGUGAAGGAAGGAGGCGGAGGUGCUGGUGGAGAAAGUUUGAGCCCUCAAAGCCAGCAGAGCCAGCACCAGCAGCAGCAAUGUCAGCAGCAGGGUCACAGCCAGCAACAGCACAGGAGCAAGAGGAAGCGCAGCGGCUCGGACGCUAAGUCUGGCAAACCGCGGCGGGCCCGCACUGCCUUCACCUACGAGCAGCUGGUGGCCCUGGAGAACAAGUUCAAGUCGACCCGCUACCUGUCGGUGUGCGAGCGCCUCAACCUGGCCCUGUCCCUGAGCCUGACCGAGACCCAGGUCAAGAUCUGGUUCCAGAACCGGCGGACUAAGUGGAAGAAGCAGAACCCCGGCGCAGACACCAGCGCUCCUACCGGCGGAGGAGGGGCGGGAGCUGGGGCCGGAGCUGGGGCAGGAGGGCCAGGGGGAGGAGGAGCAGGAGGGGGAGGAGGAUCGAGCUUGGGUGGCCCCGCCGGGACUCAUCUUGGGGGCCUCAGCCCCAUGAGCUCGUCGUCUCCUGUCGGCGGGCCACUGUCUGUGCACUCGGCCUACCCUGGCCCCGGGGGUUUGGUGUGUGCCACCCAGUUGCCCUUCCUGCCCUCCCCCGCCGCUGUGCUCUCCCCCUUCAUGCUGAGCUCGCAGACUUACGGGGCCCCGGCUUUCUACGCGCCCCAUUUACAAUAAGGUAUCAGAAACGACACGCCAGCGCCCGCCCUGAACCAUACGCGAACCCAAAAUAACAACCCCAUACCACAAAGGUUAUAGCAGCACUACAU